AUGGAGGACACGGCGGCGGUGGCGGUGGCGGCGGCGGCGGCGGCCCCGGGCGACGGGCCCGGCCGCGCGUUCGCCGACCCCACGCUGGAGCGCCUCUAUCAGUCGUAUAGCACGCGCCAGAAGCGCUCCGGCCUGCUGUGCUUCCUGUACGCCGCCACGCUGUUCGACGUGUACGUGGCCGUCGUGACGACGGGGCAGCAGGACAAGCUGCUGCGCUGGCUGGCGCUCGGCUUCCUGGGCGUCAACGUGCUGCUGCUGUCCGUCUGCUACUACAACCUGGGCACCGACUCGCGGCGCGACGUGACGCCGCGCGACGCGCUCGGCUGGGCGCUGCUGCUCGACUACCUGCUGUUCGUGACGCUGCCGCUGCGGCUGCGCUUCUGCGCCGUGCUCAGCGCCGGCACCUGCGCCUCCUACCUCGUCACCGUCGCCGGGCUCGCCAGCAACGACGCCUACCUACCACAACAGAUGGCUGCGAACGGCGUGCUGCUGCUGGCGGCCAACCUGCUGGGCCUGAUGUCCUACUACCUGGCCGAUAAGCAGCAGCGGCGCGCCUUCCUCGAGACCAGGCAGUCGCUCGAGAUGAAGCUCGUCAUCGAGGAGCAGUCCGCCGAGCAGGAGCGGCUGCUGCUGUCGGUGCUGCCGGAGCACGUGGCGGUGAAGAUGCGGCAGGACCUGGGCUCCGCCAAGGACAGCCAGUUCAAGAAGAUCUACAUGAGCCGGCACGAGAACGUCAGCAUCCUGUACGCUGACAUCGUAGGCUUCACCGCGAUCUCCUCCACCUACUCAGCGACAGAGCUGGUGAAAAUACUCAAUGAGCUGUUUGCACGCUUCGACCGGCUUUCGGAGCGCUACCACCAGCUGCGGAUCAAGAUCCUGGGCGACUGCUACUACUGCAUCAGCGGCGCCCCUCGGGAGCGUCCUGAUCACGCCGUGCUGUGUGUCCACAUGGGCCUCUCCAUGGUAAAGGCCAUCAAGUACGUGCAACAGACGACCAACUCUCCGGUGGACAUGCGCGUCGGCAUUCACACUGGUGCGGUGCUGGCCGGCGUGCUGGGGCAGCGCCAGUGGCAGUUCGACGUCUACUCCAAGGACGUGGAGCUGGCCAACAAGAUGGAGAGCAGCGGCCUGCCCGGGCGGGUGCACAUCUCGGAGAAGACGCUGGGCUUCCUGAACGGCGAGUUCGAGGUGGAGCCGGCGCUGGGCGAGAAGCGCGAGGAGAUGCUGCGCAUGGCGGGCAUCCGCACCUUCUUCAUCGUCCGCACGCUCAAGCCGUUCCGCCCUGAUGGAGCAGAAAUGGGAAACGGAAUUGUAGCAGAAGAUGGUACAGCUGUCAUAACUGAGAAGGACGAAGACUCAGCGUGUGCCAGUCCUGUGGAGGAGAACCACGUGCUGGGGAACGGGCGAGGGAGAGAGGACUCGGAGAGUUUCAAGAAGCGGCUACGCGAGGAGCUGGUGAACAGGGACGGCCAGAGAGACCUGUCGAAGCACACGCACCUGGUGACGCUGGCGUUCAGCGACAAGCAGAAGGAGGUGGAGUACCAGCACCACAAGGAGUCCUUCGGCAGCGUCUCCGUGCUGGGCUGCCCGCUCGCCCUGCUGCUCAUCACCGUGGCCCGCGCCGUCGUGCUGCCCAGGGACGUCCUGAGCGUGUCUCUGGCCGGCGUCGCCGUGUUGCUGCUGCUGGCACUGGCGCUCGUGUCUGUCGCAGAGUUCUUCCCCUCGGUGUUCCCGCGGCCCCUGGUGCGCUGCAGUGAGGCCACCAACAACGCGCUCUGGUCCAGGAGGCUGCUCGUGGUCGCCAUCAUCUUCCUGCUGGGCGCCGCCAACACCGUCGCUGUGGUCAGUACUUCCCUCCCUUCGUCUCCAACCAACUGCACGGGCAUGCUGCGGCACGGGCCGUGGGACGCGUGCCUGCUGCCCAGCUACGUGUCGUCGUUCUGCGUGCUGGCGCUGGUGGCGGCCUCGCUGCCGGUGCAGCUGGCGCACGGCUACAAGGCGCUGCUGCUGGCGCUGCUGGCCGCCGCGCACGUCGCGCUCAACUGCACGCUGCUGGCGCCCGCGCUGCGCUGCGAGGAGGCCAUCGCCAGGAGCAACUGGCCCAACUCUGCGCCGGCCGAGCUGUCCCUGGGAGUGCUGCUGCUGGCUGUCACCUUGGCUCUCGCAUUCGUCUCCAGGCACACGGAGAAGGCGAUGCGCGUGCUGUUCGUGUGGCGCGCCGAGGUGGAGGAGCAGCGCGAGCGCGCGGCCGACAUGCGGCGCCGCAACGAGGCGCUGGUGUACAACAUCCUGCCUCCGCACGUGGCCGCGCACUUCAUGGGCAGCCGCAAGCGCCAGCACGAGGAGCUGUACAGCCAGAGCUACGCCGAGGUCGGAGUGCUCUUCGCCUCCAUGCCCAACUUCUCAGAUUUUUACUCAGAGGAAACUGUCAACAACCAAGGACUGGAAUGCCUAAGAUUCCUGAAUGAAGUUAUUUCGGAUUUUGAUGCAUUGCUGGAGCAGCCACACUACCAGGAUAUUAUCAAGAUCAAAACAAUUGGUUCAACAUACAUGGCAGCAAGUGGUCUCAAUCCAUCACGAACAGUAAAGCCUGAUGAUCCUAUUACAGUAAGGUGGGCACAUCUGUCUCUCCUUGUUCAGUUUGCACUUGAGCUCAAGAAAGCACUACAGAGUAUUAACGAACAGAGUUUCAACCACUUUGUGCUAAAAAUGGGAAUUAAUCAUGGCCCAAUUACUGCUGGUGUCAUUGGUGCAAGAAAACCUCAUUAUGAUAUUUGGGGCAAUUCAGUCAAUGUAGCCUCACGGAUGGAGAGCACAGGAAAAGCAGGAUGUAUUCAGGUAACAGAUGAAACAAUGGAAAUCUUGAGGCACUUUGGCUAUGUGUUUGAACAACGUGGCCUUGUUUCUGUGAAAGGUAAAGGUCAGUUGAUGACAUACUACCUGAUUGGAAAAGAGGGACAAGAUGGUGUGACAGCAUCAAAUACAGUUCAAAAUGAAGAAGAACAGCCUCAGAAUGAAGAGGCACAGCCACCACUUGAAGACAGUCAACAGCCACAAGAGCAGACUGACCUGCACAAUAGAGCAUCGCCAGCUGAUGUAUCUCCUCUUGUUACUGAUGAUUGUAGGUAAGGCCACUCUACACUGGCAAACUGAAGCAUAGACAAUCUACAGGGACCACAUAGAGAAAUGGCUGACAUCUUUUACUAUGUUGAACACUCAUGUGUGAUAUUUAAUGUGAAAUGAAUGUACUUAUGAAUGACUGAGAUGAAUCAGCAUUAUAUGCGUAAAAUCAGUAUUUCUUAUAUUAGGUAUCGAUCAACAAUCAGUCACAAAUGAGGAUAAGUGGUGCUAAAUAUUGUGAACCAGGCUGUACUGGUCAUAUGAGAGUUCCAUGAAAUUACAAGACAUGGAACGAAAUUCAUAAAACUCCACACUAUGUUUGCAAAUCAGUAAUCAACUUUGAUAGUAUUAGAGGAUUUUGUUGUACUCUGUUUGUAAUUAUAGAACAAAAAUGCUGUUCUAAGCAUGGGCCUAAUGUGUUUUUGUACAAGGCAAUUUUACAGUACCUUCAAAUUCUUUGUAGAUAGAUGAUUCUUAGAAAUUUAACUUUUAGUCUUUCUUUAACAAAGGCACAUUAAAACAUGCUCAUUUUUACUUAUUGUAUGCCAUAGUGACUUAUAAUAAGUAAAUUUUUUCAUUGCGUUUAAAUCUGUGCUGUUUAUUUAUGAAUACAUGAACUGUUAAAAAUAAUAAUAAGAGUUAAGCAUACUUGAUGAACAACAUGUGUAUUCAAUAACUGUCAGUUAUUGAAAGCACUGAAUCAGUACUAUUUUAUGCUAUGUCUGAAACAUGUGAUCAAAAGACAUUACCUGUUACUAACAUCUAAAACAGUGCUUAGCAUCUUUUGUGAAAAUCUGUUGUAGAUUAUACCUUUGUCAUUAUAAAGACAUGUAUGUGUUUUGUUUGAGACUGAUAAAUUGUGUGUCGAAAACGUAUUUACACAUAGACCAGAUUACAUACAGUUAAUACAUUUACUGUGUAACAUGGGAUGUUCUGUCUACAGCAGAUUUUUCAUCUAUCAUGCUUAGCUUACUUUCUUUAGAAUAAGAGCAGAUCUUACAUCACGCUUACCACAGAGUGGAAAUUAAGUAUAAGUUUACAUCAUUUAUGGUUCCUUAUCAUGAUGUUACACUACUCAAUCAAGAACCAAAAGACAAUUUUACUUUUUAGUAUAUAUGUUAAAAUAAGGCCCCAUACACAUACAAAUGUUGAUUAGGAAUUGGAUCACAAUGUAACACAAAACAGUUCUGAUUGCUGCAGUACUCACAGUGGUGUAUAAGUUUUUACUUUCAUUUUUACUUCGUGAAUAUUUCAAGAAUUAUAUGAAUCAUCCAUGUCUUAACUAAAAGUUGGGUUGCUUGAGGCUAAUAGAUAAAUAAGAGUAUGGAUAUUGCCACAUACUGCAGUCAUUUGCAGUGCAAGUUCUUAUCCAAUUUUCAUUGCAGUAAAUGUAGCAUUGAGGGACUGGAGGACACGCUUUAGCUGAAGAAUCCUUACUUGAGGAAAAAAUCUGAACUAACAAUAUAUGGUGGGAAGAACGGAAGGGGAUGAUGAUGAUAAUGAUGAUAAUGAUGAUGAUGAUAUUGGUUUGUGGAGCACUCAACAUCAUGGUCACCAGUGACAACAAAAGGGGAAAGUAACUUGCUGAGAACAAUAGGUUUAAUGUGUAUCUACUGCAGCACUCAUUCUGGCAGACUAUAAUUACUACAGAAGAAUUAUUUGCUGCACAUCUUAAGUUUAUAAAUAGUAAUCAUUCAGGGUUACAUGUGAGAAAUGCACUGAUGUUAGCAACUUACCAACAUGAAAUAUACAGUAGUGAGAUUUCAGUACAUGUUAACAGUAUUUUAAAACAGUAAUUACCAACAGCCCAUCAGUGGUUGUAGACUUCUAUGUCAACAGGCACCAGGUCACUCACUCCUCAACUGUCAAGUUUUAUCACUAUUCAUUCUACACACACCAACCUCAGCAUAGGUUUUAAAGGAUCUGCAUGUAGUACCUUAAAGAAAUAAAUUUGAUGUAUUGGAGGAAUAAACAAAGAUGAGAAUUACUUAUGUCACCAGUAGUUUUUGAAUGAAAACUCCAUGAAAAUAAAUUAAAAAAGUACUGAAGUGGUAUGAAAAUGGCUAGCCUUUGGGUAUCAGAGCUUCCAUAUUAGGAAUUUUGACAUAUAAAAAAUUUUGCAGGUUAACAAUGAACAUAAACAAAAUCCUUGCAACUGAUCCACAUUGUUCACUGGAACACAAUUCCUCUCAAAAGCUGUGGCAGUCCAUGCUACAGUAUACAAUUACCAGAAAAUUCCUAAGGUGAGAGUAUAAGUUGUAACUGCAUAGUAUUUUAAUGAGUUUGAUAGAUUAUUUAUGCACUGCAGUUAAACAAAGGAAUCCACGAGAUGACCAAACAGAUUUAAACUGAAAACAAUAUAUCACUAGAAUGAUGAGUGGAGCUUAAUCAAGAUGUUUAACAAGGAACAUAUUUAUUUUUACCCAGCAAAGGUUCACUGAUUGCAAAGAACUGAAAAACAAUCUGCUUUAUGAUGGUAAUCCUAAUGAUUUAAUUAAUUUUGUUGUAAUGACUGAGAAAUAAUAAAAACAAUACAAUCAGAUAUGAAUAAAAGUGAUAUGUCUAACAAGAAAAAUUGCCCAUUAAAAAUACAGCAAUACAUGUACUGCAAGAUGGCCUAAACUACAAGUAAUUCAAGUGGAAGAGCAUUUGAUAUUCACUUCUAUUUAUUAAUGUUGCCUGAAAUACUACUCUUAACAACACACAGAAAAGAUGUAUAACAAAAUAAAAACUAUAUUCUACACCUGAAAGGGGAAGCAGUUUAAUCAAGGCCUAUGGACAGUUUCCAAAAAUAGCAUAAACAUUUAUGAGGACUGGUCCAUGUAGCUCUGCAUUUUUCUGUACUGAACUAUCUUUAUUCAACUUUUUGCAGCUGAUCACUUAGAAUAGUGUAUGACAAGCAAGCAACAGCAAACAUCUCUUAAGUAUUGGCUGUAUCAAUCUAAAGAAAAUGCUGAAUGUAUAACAAAAGCAGAUAGCAGAUAAAUGUGUCACAGCUGAAGUUCAACAAUUUAAAUGAUGGAGAGUUCUUGGAUGAGAAGACACGUCAUUGAUUAAUGAAGAAUGAAAGGCUGCAUAAGAAAGAGUGGACUACGAACUGUAAUAAUAAGAAGACCAGAACAGAAAGAUCACAGAAAAAUGCUUCUUUCAAAACUGAAAUUGUACUACAUAGGCAUCACGUGUUGAAUUGUAUUAACACUCUUUUCACUUUCUCCAUUGGCCCUUCCCCACAUUCUUUUCCAAUUUAUAUACUUCCAUUUAUCUCAUUUUUAAUUCUGUAUAUUACCAUAUAUGUGCUAUAAAUAUGAACACUCGCUCAUUAUGCCAUGUGUGCCAUCAGUUUGUUAAGCAGAUAUUCCAGAGAGAAUUUAACUGUGAAAAUUACUGAGAAAGUGAGCAUUCACUGAAAGUGAUAAGGUUACUUCUCAAGACUCAAUGUUUGCAGUCAAGUAUGCCACAUUUGUUUUGUGAUUGUUGACUCUCUGGAGCUAAAUAAGUUAUUAAGUCAAAAGGCUUUUUUAUUUGAUUUCAUUGCAGUAUCCUUGUCUGACAUGCAGAAAUACUGAUGAGAAGAUACAAAAAGCUGUUACAUUUUUAGAGGAUAGAAUUUCUCAGUAUUUCCCAUUUUAAUGACCACUAUGAAAUAUUCUGGUUAACAGCCUGAAUAACCUGUAUGAGGCUGUGUGAGAGUAUUGUACAAAAGAGGAUAACACAAAAGUUACUGAAAUAGCAUUCUAGAUUAUGAAAGAGGUAAAACUAUUUUUGUACUUAAAAUAUAACAUUUUCCAUACUAUUUAUUGAUUGGUAAGCUAAAACAGUACUGAAGCUGCUUAAGUUUCAGUUUCAGUGAAUGACAAAGUACUUGGAGGAUUGUAGUUAUUACAUUCCUUUUACACAAGUAAAUAGAUUCUUGCCUUUGUUUUCCAGCUUUUUAUUUACCAUGACCCAGGCUUUAGAACUCACAGUCAGUCCUUACUCUAUGUUUCAAUAUUUGAUAGCAGUUAACAAGUUUGUUUGUGUGGUGAUCAUCUUCAGCAAGCACAGAAAUAAUCAUUUAAUAAUGUAGCUCAGUUUUGUCCAACUGAGAAAUAAACCAUGUAAAAAGACCACAGUCUGGAUAUUAAUUAAACAUUUCCACAUCUUAAUAUGAGCUUUGCAUUUGUUGUGCAAACUUGAUCAUAAAUUAUUGUAGCCUUGCAAGAGUGAAUUCUGUCUCAUUUAGAAAGCGGCAUCAAAAUCAAUGUAAAAUGCAGAGGAAGUACAACAUUGUAAUUUAAGUUAUUGGACUCUCACUGUUGAUUGAAUACUACAAAAUGUACAAAAGUUACAAUUUAAUGAUUUUAUAGUUAUAAUUUUAUGAAUAUUUACAUAGUGACCAUCUUAAAUAUCUCACUGUAUAUCUAUAUAUAUAUUUUGUAACAUUUAUUUUAAAAUGUUUGGCAGUUCUUAUUGUGAAGUUACAGAAUGAGUUUAUCAUAAUGACUAUGGCAAUGCAGGGUAUAUAAAUAGUAACAUUAUGAUAACAGAGUAUAGUAAAACUACAAUGGAGAGAUGGAUAAACAACAAUAUCUUUGUUUUGAGUUGUGUCAUGCAAUUAAAAACAGUUUUGUGCUAAGUCCUACAUGUAAACUCCUGCAAUUGACAUUCCUUGUUCAUUUGUCACAAUCAAUCGUAUAUGUUGAAAUUGAUUCUCCAAUAACAGAAAAAUCAGAGACACAGGUUUACAGAGAGGUGUCAUAUUUAACAAACAUUUAAAUAAAUGGAUUUCCAGUAUGCUAGAAAUUACUUAUGUAGGAAGACCUGAUAUGAGAAAUAUCACAAAUAUCUGUUAACAAUUACUCAACAAUUUAGGGAUGUGGGAGCAUCUAAAACUGGACAAUAUCCUACUUCCCAGGUUUAUACAGGCCAAACUUGAGACAUUUCUGUACCUUGUUACAAAGAUUUGUUCACUAAUCUACAUUUCCAGCCAUUCUUUCCCGUGACUACUGUACUUAAGAACAUGUCUUUUACUGGCAGUGAGAGUUCUACGUUGGUACUAACUCUUCCUCAGUCUCUCAUUCGUGUUAUCUGUUCUAUUGUUAUUGAUGUUAUUAUUAUUUAUCUUCUUAAAAUCACUUCUUCCCUGGUUGUUCAAUGUAUGGGUUGUUAUGAUGCUACAGGUUACUUACGAUAUUAAUUUUCACUGGUGGUUUGUAAGUAAAUCUUAAAAUGCUCAAAUAUUGAAUCAUGAGCCUCACAAUGUUAUGUGGCAUGACCUGCAGAGAGGAAAUCCACCUCAGUAUUAGUUUUUUCAUCUUGGGAAGCGUGAAUCAUGGUGGUGUUUUAUCAAAUGUCUACAUGUAUGUCUACAUGAUUUCUCUGCAACUUAUGCUUAAUGGUUUGGCAGAGAGUUUACACAACCAUUUUCAGACUAUUGCUGAAUGGCUCCACUGACAAAUAACACAUGGGAAAGUUAAACACCCAAACCUUUUAGUGUCAGCUCUGAUUUAUCUGAUUUUAUUUCAAUGGUAAUUUUUCCUGUGUAGCCAGGAGUAAAAAAAAUAUUUUGACACACAGAGGAGAAAGUUGGUGUUUGAAAUUUCAGCAAAAGCUCUUGCUGCAAUGAAAAAUGGCUUUGUUUUAAUUGUUGCCAUGCCAGCUCACUAACUAGAUCAAUGUCACUCUCUUCCCUACUUUGUGAUAAUACAAAAUGUGCUGUCCUUCUUUGGUGUACCAUCUCCAUUCUGUAUAGUAGGAGACAUCAGCACAGAAACUUACAUUUCACCUAUAACCUCCAAAAACUAUAUUGAAACAUCCUUCUCACUUUCAGUCUAAUGGUUUAUGAUCCAGAAAUAUUGUGUAUAUGGAAACUGGUGACACUAAAUUAUCAAUUAGUAUUUCAGUUUAUAGCACCCUGAGCAGAAAGUAACAGAAACUCUAAGUUUACUAAGAUAAUCAUUUUUACUUCAGUAAUGAUGGGAACACAGUGACUUAUUAAGUUAAUCUGUAGUAUCUUGUGCACACAGAGCAGUGCACACUGAACUUUAUAAAACAGCACUAAAGCACCCUCAGUGCACUUGAAGUUUCAGCUGAGUCAGCUAUUUAGGUAAUUCCAUAUCAUGUAAUCCUAAAGCACCACAAUUAAUGUUAUCAUUUUAAACCAAGAAUACUUCUUGCCAUAUUAGUGUAAUUAGAAACCUAUUGUUUGUCACUGUUCUCAGUCUUAUACUGAUCACCUGAGGAUAGCAGAACAUACCAUGAUUAGUUGUUCACUAAUGUAGUGUUAUCUCGUGAUGGUCAGAUCCCUUUGUUGCUCUCAAAAAACCCCAGUUCACAUGACAGCAUCAGUCAAUGAGUUGUUGAUUGUGUUAAGUCUAUAAUAAAUAAUGUAUCAGUAGUGCAAGGCAGAUUUUCCAACUGCCUUAUCAAGAAUUUGUAAGCAAUUGGUGUCCUUGUUUUAUUUCUCACUUUGGUUGCCAUCAGCAGAUUUACUAGCCACAUAUUCUGUUACUGAUUGUGUGCUUCAUUAUUGGCUAAGAUUGGUUUAAGAUUGACAAAUUACAAUGUAAUCAAAUAAUGGAAGUUUUGAACCUUUGUAAGCAAGUAAAAAUCAGUUAUUGACUCCUUUAACAUUGGAUUCCUCAUUAUGCAAUCCUUUCCAUUUGGGUUAUUGGAUUUAUUUAAUAACAUUGACAAUGGCCUAUCACUAACACAUACCAUGAUCAUACAACUUUUUUCAAAUAUUUAUUGUGUAUCUUGGACCAGUAUUACAAUUUUUUUCAUAAUAAUGAGACAAUCAUAUCUGACAAUUACACGAUAGUCCGCCCUGGUAGCUGAGGGGUCAGCAUGACAGACUGUCAAUACUAAGGGCCCGGGUUCGAUUCCCGGCUUGGUUGGAGAUUUUUCUCCACUCAGGGACUGGGUGUUGUGUUGUCGUAAUCAUUAUCAUUUUACCCCCAUUGAUUCGCAAGUCACCAAAGUGGCAUCAAAUCGAAAGACUUGCACCAAGCGAGCGGUCUACCCGAUGGGAGGCCCUCGUCAUACAACAUAUUACAAGAUAAAUUUCAGAAGCGUCCACAGCUCCAGAAAAUGGGAAACAGAUUUUUAUUUCACUGAUGUUCGCACUGAAUAAAACAAUUUGGCCAAAUUUUUUCAGUAUACUCAUUGUAUUAAUGAGCUUUUUCAAACAAAAUACUUCAAAUUUGCAUGUUAUUGGAAGUGCCUGAGACAUAGCUUUAGCUGUACAAGAAACACAGACAACUAAUUUUUAUUUCUUCUUUUUUGCCUGUAUAUGUUUGAGUUUGAGUCUGAUAAGAUUAUGACCUUACCCAUUGGUUUUCUCCUGCUUUAUCCAGACACACAAAUUGUAUAUGAACUACUGGUUCUUCACAGGAGGAGUAAACAAGAAAACUGUAUCACUCCAAUAGCUAAAUGGUUUUAAAAUAUCAUAGUGUUUCUUUCAACUUGCCUUUACUAUUCAAUAGAUUUGUAUCAAUGUGCAGUUACAUAUGUUCAAGUUUACUGAGAAAUGUGUAUUUACUCAGAAAGGAACUCUGUCAUAUGCUUAGUACAUUUCAUACCUCUAUGCAAUGUUUGACAGGCCAAUGGCAGCUGUUUCUAAUUCUGAACUAACAAUACUAUUAUACCAUAAGAAUGACACAAGAAGACAAUAUAAGGAAUCCAGAAUCUGAAUAUAAUGUAGUAGACAAUGUGGAUCAAAUACCAAAACAGCUAUAAAAUGUUAAUAACAAGUGCAAAUGACUUGAAGCAGUACCAGUACAUAAUCUCAACUAACGAAGACUGGAAAAGUCAAACAGUAAUUGUGAAACAUACAGACAUUAUAUGGAGCGACAAUGUUCCCAUGCAUAACACCAACAAAAUAUCAUGAGACAUUUUAAUCAGCGUUAUCAUUAUUUAGCUAUUAUAUUAUAUCAUUACUACACAUCUUUAUGAAUACUUUGAUACAGUUAUGAGCAAUACUCCUUGCAAUUAACUUUUUACUGACUUGUUUACUGCAAAGAGGUGAAUAAAGUAAUGAUCAAACAGAAUAUGAGGAGAAUAUGAGAGUCAUCUAUGAUGUUAUAAAUAAAACAUUUUAAACAUUCUGGACAUAAAUAAAGUUACUUUGAGCUAUUAAAUCUUUCUUUGUCUCCAGUGUGAAAUUUACUGUGGAUGACCUAAAAACUUUUAACACUGUGAUCAUAUUUCCUAAAAUUAUUUUAUGACAAAAAUGUAAAAAGUAAAUAUGUUUUUAAAACUUUUGUACAGUGUGAGAAUAUAUUCUAUAGACCUGUAGGUAGCUCAGUUAGAAGAGUAGUAUGAUGAAGUGUACAAUGAUCUAUAAUAAUUUAUAAGAAACUUUAUACUGUGUAAAUGAGAUUGGUAUAUUAGUUCUGAUGUUCCUGUAACUCUAGACUUUCAUUGCAGUCACAGUGUAUAGUUUUCCUGUAAGUUGUAAGUAAAAUAACAACAGUUUCUCUAAGAAAAGAUAAAAAAGGCACUGUAGUAAACUGAUGUUAAUGAAUUGAAAUAUCUCUCUGUGAGCAAAAAUAUUAAUUUUUAACAGUAAAUGUUAAAUUCAGUGCUACUGUUGUGGUAGAUCACCUAGACUGCAAAAGAUUUUUAUAUAAAAUUUAAAACAUUCAGAUGUGUUCAGUGUCAGUCUUGCAGUAGCAGAAGGUUUAAAUGCUUGAGACAACAUUCAAGAUAUUUGUUCAAAUGGUUGUGAUAGUAUUUAGUUGCUUGUCAAAACAAUAUGUGAUUUUCUAAUAUAAAUUCUUCUUCUAAAUUAUUCUAUUGAUAUUGUUUCCUGAAUACAUGCACUUCAGUUAGUUUGACAUUGUGUCAGCGUAUUCUAUUCAAAAUAUUAAUAGCAUAGGAAAUGAUUUGCAGGACUGCAUAAAUUUGUUUGGAGAAUAAAUAUUUCUAGAAUAACCAAUCUUUUUGUUCCAUAUUUAAGUUACUUGUGGUAUAAUACACUUAGUCAUCAGAAAUUAUUGUAUGAUCUUUCCUUGGUGGUGCCAUUCCCAAUGUAUUGAUGUCAUAAAUGGUUAGACAUUUCAAGAAAUAAAUUAAAUAUACAACCAAGCAAAUUUUGUAUGUAAUACAGAAGCAAAGUGGCAUUAGAAUGGUGGUUGUGUACAGGUAUAUUUUAUCUUCUCGGUUGAUGCUUUACUGAAGUUUUACAUUGGUUAAGCUAAAAGAGAAAACCUAAUAAAUAGAAUAUGUAUUGUUUGUUAUGUUUGCAAGGCUAGUGAGAUGUCAAUAAAUGCAUGUAUCAAUCAUUUGUGUGUGCAAAGGGUAAUUUAAUUUGUUAAUAAAUUACAGUACAAGAGUUUAAUAAAAUUGUUGCUGACAUGAAUGUGUUUCUGUGAUUUGUCAAUACCCUUAAAGCAUUGUCUGGUACCGCAUGCCAUGGAAUUUAAAUCCCCGCCAGACGUCAUGGAUGUCGAAGACCCAUAGAGGUCUCUGCACCAUCGCGCCGUCAGCUGUGGUGGCACGCGCCUCCUGGCCCGCAUUUUGAGUGGGGGCGCCACAGUGGAACACAUGGUUGCAGCACCCCAUAGCGGCAUCCCCGAUCGAGUAGUUAAGCACCUGCCUGUCGCUCAGCCUGCUAGUCUAACCUCGCGUACGUCUCAGGACAAAUCACCUAGCAUUAGAUAGCGUAUUUACUUUGAUGUUUUAUUUUCGAGUCGACAUGGUUGUCUUGUUUGGUUUUCUUGACUCUGUUGUCCAUUCUUGUUGAUGUCAUAAGGUCCUUCGUUGGUCGUGUCCAUCCUCUCCCAUUGUGUUGUUGUUCGCAAGCCGCUCUGCGGGUGCCGCCAUGUUUCU